AUGGCCGGCCUGGGGGACCGCCACCCCUACGUGCGGCGCACCGCCGUCAUGGGGGUCCUCAAGAUCUGGCAUAUGAGCCCAGAUACAGUCACCAACUCGGGCAUUGUUGACCAGGUGCGGUCCCUGCUGUACCAGGACCCAGACCCCCAGGUCGUGGCAAACUGCCUGCAGAUGGUGGUCCAGGUGGAGCCGAUGGCGCGGCUGGCGUCGAACAAGCAGUUUGUCUAUCACCUCGUCAACAGGCUCAAGGACUUCAGCGAGUGGGCACAGUGCGCAGUGCUGGAGCUGGUGUCUCACUACAGGCCCUCCGGGGAGAGCGAGGUGUAUGACCUGCUGAAUGCCCUAGAGGACCGGCUGGGGGCCACCAACAGCGCCCUGGUGGUGGCGGCCAUCAAGGUCUUCCUGCACAUGACGCUCGACAUGGCCGCGACCCACCAGCAGGUGCGGCGCGGCGGGGCGGCAUGGCCACGCGGGGGCGGCGGGGCGGCGCGUCGUCGCGCGUGA